GGUGAGUGGACUGCGUGCAUUCAAACAACCGGCCUCGUCAUCAGUCUGGUGUGCGAGUCCAUAUUAUCGAGAUCUGGUGCUGUCUGUCUAUAUGUGAUUGAAAACCCAGCUCCUAUAUGAUGUGAUUGAUUGAGAGCCUCUCUAAACCGCAAAAACUUCCAAUUAGCUCCUUCCUGCCGUCCUGCCUGACUGCCUGAUCUCUGAUAGACUCUGAGCGCUAGAAAGCGUGUAGAUAAACCGAAAAAAGCCUAUGGUAGCCGCCCUUCGUGCAGCAGAGCGCGCUUCCGCCACAGCACCCUCACCACACGCACAGGCAUCUAAAUUGCAAUGCAAAAACAACGAAGCCAGCCACCCAUUCUGUGCCCACCGAGGAAAAGCGCAUCUAAUCAUUCGUCGGGCUAACGGACACAGAAGCUUAUGUCAACUGCUGCCCGGCCCACACACACAGCAGCAGCACAAGAAAAUGGGUGGAUCAUUCCCGCGCCCCUCCCUCCCUGCCUGCCUCCCCUACUGCCUCAGAGAUCCUGAGACGCUACUCGCCUGGGGCUCUCGCGCGUCGACUCGGCCAGGUCAGCCACGCUGAUGGUGUGCGACCGGCUCAGCCCCCCAAAAGACGUCGGCUGCUGCUCCUGCUGCUGCUGCUCGUAGUGCUGCUCGUGGUGGUGUUGGGCCGGUGUGAUCUUCUUGCUGGCGUCUGGCGAUCGGUCUUUGGGUGUUGCCGGUCGCUUGUUCAUGGGGGGCAAUUCGUGGGCCCACUUGGAGAGCCGCCGGCUGUGGGCGGCGGGCAGCUCGGUGGUGGGCGCCAUCAGGCUCUUGACCAUGCUGUCGUUGGACGCGCCGGCCUCGCCGUUGAGGACGUCCUCUGGCAUCUCGAUCUCGCCCUCAGCCCCCUCUCCCUCUCCCUCUCCCCCCUGCUCGGGCGACUCUCGCUCGAUGUCGCUCGUCUCGGCGUCACUGGUGGGCCAUAUGACCUCGUGAGGCGUCUCAGCGCUCGAGCUGACGAGCAGGUUGGCCUCGCCAUUGCCGAUGCCGAUGUGUGGGAAGUGGGGGACGCCGACCUCGCGGGUGGACAGGCGCUGCAGCCACUUGACGGGUGUGCUGUCGUUGUUGUCGAGGAGGGGGGCGUUUUGGCUGUCGCGGCCGUUGGCUGCCUGUGCGUGUGGGGGGUGUUUGGCGUGGUGGGUCUUGGAGGUGAGGCGGCAUGCGGUGGGGAUGUCGAUCAUGCACGCCAGACGCUUGUUGUAGUCUGCACAGCACACAGUACACCAACACGAUGGAUGGAUGGACCAUCGUGCGUGCGGACGUACCUUCGUGCAGCUCGGCAAGAGGAAGGUCGUUUGCCCUCGUGCCGAAGGGAGUCUCCAUCUCUGCACACACACACGUACGCACACACACACACGCCCUCCAUCCAUCCAACAAGCCGGUCGAUCACAUGCUUGUGGCCAUUCCGUCCGGUAUGCUUACGCAGGGAGCAGUCGACCAUUGCGUGGAAGCCGCCGACAGCCAGUGCGGCGACGACGGGCGCGAGGUAGGGGUCCUCGAUGAAGGAGGCCGACACGAUGGGGACCAUGAAGGCCAGGAUGAGCUGGAAAGUGUGCACCAGCUGCACAUAGGGGAAGGGGAACGGGGUGUCCUGCCACACACACACACACGCACACAUACACACACACACACAGAGAGAGAGAGAGAGAGGGACUACAGUACACCACGUGUGUGUGUGUGUUGGUGCUGGGUGUUUGUCUCACCCACCCCACCCACCCACCUCUAUUUUACAGGCUUGAUUGUACGCCAGCAUGGCGUUGCUCAGCUCUUGGAACAAACGCGUCUGUCACACACCAGACACCACACAACCGCACUCGUUCGUUUAUCGACCAGACCAAUGAAUGCAUGGCCUCCUCUCCCCUCCUCCCCAUUCCCUUCCCUCUCUGCCCGUACGUACCCACCCCGCCCACCUCACCUGUAUGGGUGGCGCCACUGCCAGCCCGCCCUCGUGGCACCGCUUGACGAUGCACUUGUUGAGCCAGUGCACCACCACAUACGCCUGGUCCUGCACCUUCCCAAGCUUCACCGUCUCCUCUUCGGAUAUCCCCCCGAAGAUGGUCAAAGGGACCUGCCCACGCAGCAGGUACUGGAUGGCCACGCCGUGCAGCAGCGACAUCAGGUGCAGGAACUUCGCCCUGAAGUCGACGCCGCCCUUGACCGACUGCACGUCGGAAAUCUCGUCAAACCUGCAACAACCAACCAACCACACACGCCACACAAUACUUCUCCGUGUUGGUCAGAAAAGUGACGGAUGGAUGGAUGGAUGGAGUAGGGUGCUCAUAUCAUGCAAGCUAAGGUCGUACGCGAUUCCUUGUGUGGCGACGUCAGCGAGUUUGCUCGAGAAGGCCUGGAUCUGUGUUCGCGCCUCCCAGUACCUCUGGUAGGCCAUGUUGGUGUGGAAGACCGUCAUGAAGGACACGACUAGGAUGAAGGCGUGGAGGGGGUAGGGGUGGUACAUCAGCCCGCCGCCCAUGUCCUCGAUCGUCACCUUCCAGUACUUGAGGGCGAACGUCAGAAACGCCGCGAAUAUGGCACGGGGGAGAGUCAGGUGCAGCACGGAGCCGCGGAUGAUGGGGAUGAACCUGUAGCCCAGACACAAACAGACCAGACACACAAUGUUAAUGUCUGUCUGUCUGUCUGUCUGUCUGCCUGUGUGCUCCAAGGUGUGUUCGCCACCCACCGGAAGAACAGGCACUGGAAGCGCUGAAAUGAGAAAAGCACAACACACACACACACACGCACACACACAGGCAAAUCAGAUCUCCACCAUGGCAUGGAUGGUGCAUGAGGCGUGCAGAGGAUCCGGCUGGCUCACCUUGUAGCGGAUCAUCGUUGCUCUGGCUGUGAGUGAGUGAGGGUGUCACACGUUCGUCGGAAGGGGGAAAGCUUCGACCUUAUGGAAGCGGCACACAGCCUAUGCUAUGGCCUUGAUUCUCUCGCGGUUUAACGUUCACCAACG